AUGCCGAGCUCGUGUAUCAUAUCACCGUGCAACACUGUACCCGGUCAUCGGAGAGGAUGCAAUCUGAAGGAGAAUGAAGAAGAGGCAGUGGUGGCCGACCUAUCGGUGAAAGCUCCAACUAGGGCUUACCAAGAUCUCGUUGGAUGGAGUGGUCGGGCUUCUUCUAGAAGCGGCGAAAAUUGGGAUUCGAGGCUGUGUUUAGUUAUGGGCAUUAUAAUAGAAGGCCGGUCGAGAGCUAUCUAUCUUUCCUUCGAUUUCACAAAGGUGCAGAAGCCCAGCCGCAGUGCCAAAAGUUUUGUCACCAGCACACACACCAAUCCACAAACUGGUAUACCUCCUGUGCGGCUUCAGUGUCAUUCCAUCGGUGAUCUAUGA